UCUAGGAGAAUGUCAGAGAAGCGCAGAUGUAUACAUCGCACCUGUAUGCAAGUUUCGAAACAUGCGUGCAUAGUUCAUGCAUAAAUAGUGCAUAACAUGCACGCUUCACUACGCCACAUUCAUGAUAUGUCGUAGAAUUCUCGCUGGGAGCAUCCUACUUUCUCCCAGGAAAGAAAUCAUCAGUAAGGCUAGCUAUGCAAAAAACUACUACGAAGCUCUCGGAGUAAAUCCCUCAUGCACACAGGCAGAGAUCAGAGAUGCAUAUGUCAAGCUCUGCAAGCUGUAUCACCCUGACAAGAAAGGAGAAAUGGCAAACCACGAGAGGUUCACAGAAAUCAAUGAGGCAUACAUGGUGCUCAGUAGAAGCUCAGAGCGGAAGUUGUACGACGAAAAUCUUCUACACACGUACCAGCCCUACAAGAGCAACAUGCAAAGGUCCAAUGCGAGGCCUGAGGAGCCCAUUAUCUUCACCAAUCAGCAGUUCCGGAGGGAGACAGGGGCCUACUACAGGUCAAGCUCUCGCCCAUACGAUCGACGUAUGAAGCCUUACAUCGUAGCAGGCUGCAUAGCUCUCAUGCUUGCUGGGGCUCUGAUGCACUACUUAGCUUACAGGUAUGGACGUUCACGCAGGAUGAAAGAACAGAUGCUUGAGAGGAGCCGCACGAAUCAGGAAAUCCAUCAGCAAGCCAAGGAGAACUACAAGAAAUACGGUACUGAUGGUCAGCUCCAACGAAUAUUUGGAGAUAGCUACAAGAGCGAGAGCAGUCGUCCACCCUAGUGCUGUGUUAAGAAGUAGCCAUAUUUAGAUUGAAUUGUUACAGAUAUAAAUGCUUUUAAAUCAAA